AUGGCCGAAGCUACUACCUCCACUGCGAGGAGGGCCAGUGAUAUUCCACAAAAAGAACGCUUCUUCCGCUACUUUCAACAAGAAAUCACCGAUCUACAAGAACAGAUGGGCCGACUUGGUAAUAUGGCAGUAACUGGUGGUGAACGAGGAGACGCAAUCGACCAUCUCGUGGCAGGCAUAGCCAGAUUGGGAAGUGAGGUCAACGACGCCUCAGGCUACCUGCCAGCCUACGAUCAAAAGACAUAUGGAGAGGCAAUCAAAGGCCUCCGCGAGAAACUCGAUGAGACCCGUGCUAGCUUUGGUCCUCGCACUACCUUCACCUUUAAGACCGCGCGCAAGAAUCCCUCCGCCGUCUCCCUAUCCGAUGUGGUAGAGCUGGCGGCUCAAAAACGUCAAAACCUACUUGGAUAUCAAACCCCGUCUACCGAGUCAUCCUUUGUGAACUCACCGAACUACCUGCAGACGCCAGAAAGAAGCUCUUCCCCUGCUCAACCACCCGUCCCGCCUCCCACCGCAGUGGAUCAGAGCUCGAAAGACGCGUGGGAAAACGAGAUGAAAGAAAAAGCAAGCCCUGGGCCACGAUCAGCAGCUAUACGUCGUCCUACCUUCAGUACCUCGUCAACUGUCUCGAUAACCCACGAAUCCAAUGCUCAUAUCAUCCUCCCGUCUUCUGCAUCUCAUGCCUCGAAACCAUGCUCUCUCACCUCGCUCAAAUCAUGCGCAGUCGACAUCUCCGUUCUUUCCCCCCAAGACGGUGCCCCUUUUGCCGGGCUCACAGUCAAGAACGUCAAGGGGUCCCUUCUGGUCUGCGGAAUCGUGAGCGGUCCAGCACAUAUCACCGGGGUAGAGGAUAGCGUCAUGGUGGUCACGUGCAGACAAUUUCGCAUGCACGAGUGCAAGAAUGUGGAUGUGUAUCUUUCAUGUUCCAGCCGACCUAUCAUCGAAGACUGUUCUGGUAUAGGUUUUGCUCAGCUACCUGACACAUACCGCAUUCCCUCUGCCACUCCACCACCCAACGAACCCCUCAAAGACACCACAAACACCGCUCCCAACCCCACCUCCGACGUAGCCGCGCCAUCGAAACCAGCAUCGCCAGCAGAUCUCUGGUCCCAAAUCGACGACUUCAAAUGGCUCAAAUCAACCCCAAGCCCCAACUGGAGCCUCCUCCCACCGGAAGACACAGUCACGGACGAUGCGUGGAGAGAAGUCGUGCCGGGCGGGCCAGGCUGGUCCUUGGAAGACAUACUGAAGGCGACGCGUGUGUUGAAGUGA